AUGUCGCUAUCUAGUGCGCGCUGUUCGACGGCGACGGUAGUGUUGUGUUGUGUGGUUUCGUUGGCACUCAGUGCACCGACGUCGCUGCCGUCGGUGCACCGGUCCGCCGAUGAGGCGGCCGCAUCGAGCUACUUCUACUUCAGCCGUUCGCCGGCUCACUCGAUCCAGUUGGGCAGCUCACCGUUGGAUGGACACACCAUUCCCCAUCUGCUAACCGAGGGCACCCCGUUCUAUCCGGUGGUAAAGACCGUCGAGUAUGAGCUGGAUAGUGGCGAAGGGGAAGGCGAAGGGAAGGCGAUCGAGGAUGAGACCGAAGAGGGCGACGAGGACGAGGAUCAGCUUCAUCGGCAGGCGUACAAGGUGCAGGAGCAUGGGACAGAGGAGACCGAAGGGUCGUCCUACGGCGAGAACCAUCAUCGGAAGAAGGGUGAAAAGGGAGUGAAGGGAUACGAUUCGAAGCACGCGCUGGAGAAGGGCAGCAAGGGUAGCUACGGAAAGGAGGAUCACGAGCACCGGUACGGUCAGGGCGGGGACCGGAAGCACUCGUACCAUGACGAGGAUUCACACUACCACGAUCAUCAUGCGGAGGGCAAGCGUACCAAGGGUGGAAAGCACCACGAGAAGAAACACCACAAGAAGGGUUCGAAGACGACGGGUUAUCACAAUGUGUAUCACAAGGAUGAGUACAAGAAGGAGCACAUCUUCUACGAUAAUGCGGACAAUACGGGCCGGUUCCGGAAGUACGGAUCGGCCCACCAGCAUCACUCGAACGAUGCGGGCAAGAAGGCAAGUGGUGGGCACGAGGAUCGUGCACACCAGGACAGUAGCUAUAAGCGGACCGGUAGCAAGAAGCAGGGCAAGUACGAUGAGCAUCACGCGGACCAUAAGCAUCACCAGGGUCAGGAUGAGUACGAGCAGGCGGGUUCGGCGUUCGGUCAGAAGCAUGGCCACCAGAGGGCGGCCGAGCGCGGUUACAAAAUCAUUCACCAAUAA